GAUUCACUCGAGCACGCGGCCAUUCACAGUUUCUGGUCCCUCCGGUGACUGAAUGACCAGCCAGAGCUGAACUCAUUCUCCCUUUUAGAGCCGCGUUGAGCUUUUAUUUCCCUUUCAUUGAGCCGGUGUAGAGUUAAAGCCCGGCCCGUCGGCUCCAAACGAUGCUGCUGAAGUUGGAAAGUAAUGAGCGAGGAUGCUGAAACUGCUGGCAAGCCCGCUUUGUUCGGAGGAGCGCAAGGCUUCUGUGCCGCUGUCAUUCCGCAGCUGGUUCCCUGCUGCUUUGUCUUCUCCUGGCCCGGUGAAAUUGACCGUGAGCAGCGUGGUGUGUCCGGGUCGGACUACCCCCGCCGGUUGCAGUGCCAUCCUGUCAGAACCAUGAGUCUGUGUGGGGCCGGGGCCGGGGCUAACGGUGGGGCCAAUGGUGGGGCCAAUGGUGGGAGCAGAGAAAGAGGAGGAGGAGGAGAGCAUUUUAGGGAACAGCGUCGCCGCUCCAGCGAUCGCUCUCGGGACUCAUCGCAUGAGAGAGGGGAGAGCCAGCUCACGCCAUGCAUCAGGAACAUCACCUCUCCGACGCGACAGCACGAUCGCGAGCGCAGUGAAGGAGGCUCCUCCUCCAGAUCGUCCAGCCCACGUCCUCCGAGAGUUUCUCAUUCGUAUUCACAUAUAGGUCUGAUUGGUGGGCAGAUACCGCGACCGCUGGGGCCCCCCGGGGUAAACCACCACUCCAAAAUCUUAGGCCAAGGGCCCUGCGACAUGAUCUAUGUGUACGACAUUGGUAGCAAAGAGCACCGCAGUGGUCUGCGACCAGGAGAGAGAGUCACGCUCAUCGUGGACAACACCAGAUUCGUGGUGGAUCCUGCCAUCUUUACAGCUCAACCCAACACCAUGCUGGGCAGGAUGUUUGGUUCCUGUCGGGAAAACAAUUUCACUCGGCCCAACGAGAAAGGAGAGUUUGAGGUGGCCGAUGGCAUCAGCUCCACGGUGUUCCGAGCCAUCCUGGAUUACUACAAGUCGGGGAUAAUCCGCUGCCCUGACGGCGUUUCCAUUCCCGAGCUGAGAGAGGCAUGUGACUACCUCUGCAUCUCCUUCAACUACAGCACCAUCAAGUGCAGAGAUCUCAGCGCCCUGAUGCACGAGCUGUCCAACGACGGAGCACGGCGUCAGUUCGAGUGUUACCUGGAGGAGAUGGUGCUGCCGCUGAUGGUCGCCAGCGCCCAGAGCGGCGAGAGGGAAUGCCACGUGGUGGUUCUGACCGACGACGACGUGGUGGACUGGGACGAGGAGUACCCGCCACAGAUGGGAGAGGAGUACUCACAAAUCAUCUACAGCACCAAGCUCUAUCGCUUCUUCAAAUACAUCGAGAACAGAGACGUCGCUAAAUCAGUGCUGAAGGACAGAGGACUGAAAAAGAUCCGUCUGGGAAUAGAAGGUUACCCGACAUAUAAGGAGAAGGUGAAGCGACGUCCAGGAGGUCGCCCAGAGGUCAUCUACAACUACGUCCAACGCCCCUUCAUCCGCAUGUCCUGGGAGAAGGAGGAAGGAAAGAGCCGCCAUGUGGACUUCCAGUGCGUCAAGUCCAAGUCCACCACCAACCUGGCCGCAGCUGCAGCCGAUAUCCCCCAGGACCAGCUGGUGGUCAUGCACCCUCCAAAUCCACAGGUGGAUGAGCUGGACACCCUCCCCCCUCUGCCAGGUGCUAACGAACUCCACCAGCCGAUAAUCGGGCCGGCGCCAGAUAACCACCCAGGAGCUCAGCCUUCGCAGCCCUACGACGGCCCAAACCAGCAGGAGAACCAGAACCAGGGUCCUCGCAGCCACCAGCAGCCACACGGCAGCAGCAGCCACUGUCAGACGACGUACCACUACGAUCCGGACCCCGACACCCCGUCCCCCUCAGCAUGACUCAGCGCCUACGUCACAGAGAGAAAAGAAAGCAAAACCAGACUAUCCUGACUGCCAAGCACACAGUCUGACUUUUCAAAAUAAAAGCACCUCUGUACAAUGUGAACGCUCCCAUUCCUCUUCUUCCUCCUGAGGCAAACCACCAGUCUGCCUUCUGCUGCGACACAUCACAACCGAAGAAGAGCUUCGAAGCACAUCAGCAGCCGUUGGUUUUAUUUAUCCGACCAAAUCAGCCGCAGAGUUAAGAGCGCAGAUUACGGUUUGACAUUUCAUUGGAGCGAGUGUGACUCGGACUGAUUGGUCGAUUUGUUUUCAGUGCCUCGUUAUAGUUGGAUAUUAGCUGUGAAGAUAAUUCCCCCCCGAUAUAUUUAAAAGCCUUUAUAAAAAACCAGUUUUACACAGAGAAUUCACCCCGUUUACUGAUUUAUCGUCACUGAUGUGAGCACACAAGAUGUCAGAAAAGAUGAACUGUUUUUUUAAAUAAACUCUAUUCACAAGU